CCCACUCCAAAGUCCUCCAUCCCUGUCUGCUUUAACUUUGCACCCGCACCGUGCAUCAACCAAAAAAACAACAUGCACGACUAUGAAGCUGCAACAGCCUUCCUCGGGGAAUGGGGACGUUUCCAGCAGCAGGUGUUUUAUCUCCUCUGUCUGAGCAUCAUCCCGAACGGCUUCACCGGCAUGUCCGUCGUGUUCGUCGCCGACACGCCGCCGCACCGCUGCCUGAUUCCCGCGCACAUCAACCUCACCGCUGCAUGGAGGAACAGCAGCAUCCCGCUGGAGGAGAGCCACAGCGGCGCGCCGGUGCCCAGCAAGUGCUCCAGAUACAAGCUUAUAGAUGUGCUGAGAUUCUCGGACAGGGGCUUGCUGCCAGGCGUUGAUGUUAACCUGACUAAUGUGCAAACAGAAAGCUGUUUGGAUGGAUGGGAGUAUGAUCAGAGCGUGUACAUUUCUACCAUCAUUUCUGAGUGGGACCUGGUGUGUGAUGACAGGUGGAAGAAACCGCUGACUUCUUCUCUCUUCUUCUGUGGUGUUCUCACUGGCUCGUUCAUUUCAGGACAGCUCUCUGACAGGUAUGGGAGAAAAAUGGUGUUGUUUGUCACCAUGGCGGUCCAGACAGUGUUCACAUUCAUCCAGGUCUUCUCUCCAUCCUGGGCCAUGUUCUGUGCCAUAUACUUUGUAGUCGGGUUGGGACAAAUCUCCAAUUAUGUGGCUGCGUUUGUGUUAGGGACGGAGAUAUUGGGCCCACAUGUUCGGACGAUUUUCUCCACCGCGGGUGUGUGUCUUUUCUUUGCUGUGGGCUACAUGCUGCUGCCGCUGUUUGCCUACUUCAUCAGAGACUGGAGGAUGCUUCUCCUCGGCCUCACCCUGCCUGGCUUCCUCUAUGUGCCUCUCUGGUGGUACAUCCCAGAGUCUCCUCGGUGGCUGCUGUCUCAGGGAAGAGUAGAAGAGGCUGAGGCCAUAAUGAGAGAUGCUGCUAAGAGGAACAAAAUCGAGCCUCCGCCGGUCAUCUUUAGUCCUUUGCAGGUUGAACUUCAAUGUGAGAAGAGGAAGGCCCACAACAUCUGUGACCUGCUUCGUUCCCGAAACAUCCGCUGGAUCUCUGUCACGCUGUGGCUGGUCUGGAACACCUUGACCAUUGCUUAUUUUGCUCUCUCCCUGAACACGGCGAACCUUCACGGCAACGCGUACUUCAACUGUUUCCUGUCGGCUGUGGUAGAGGUGCCUGCCUACAUUUUGUCAUGGGUUAUGUUUCGCUGGUGUUCCAGACGACUGAGUCUUUUCUCAACCCUCUUCAUGGGAGGACUGUUUCUACUCUUCAUACAGCUCACACCAGCAAACCUGAAUUCUCUCGCCGUAGCACUGGAGAUGAUGGGGAAGUUCGCAGUGACGACAGCAUUUGCUAUAGUGUACGCAUACACAGCCGAACUCUACCCAACCGUAGUGAGGAAUACAGCUGUGGGUACCUGCUCCAUGGCCUCCAGAAUAGGCAGCAUCAUUGCCCCAUACUUUGUUUACUUAAGUAAGGAUGCUCUUACCUCUGCUUACACUGCAGUGACUCCAUGUCCUGUCACACACUUGCUAGCUUUAAACCUCAGCCCUCUACAGCCUCCAGAAGACAAUAAUGUUGGCCGGGAACGCUGGCAUCCCUGUGGAGUUUGA